CGGUCACGUGACUCCUGCGGUGCGUCAUGGCCGCGGAGGACAGGUCUGUUUAGCAGCAGGUCGAGUGGUCGGAGUGAAGGAGGAUGGCGGUCCAGAACCAGAACCAGAACCCUCCAGCGGACUACGGAGACAUCGGCUGCUGGGCUGAGAGGACGGAGGUCCACAAGGCUGCGUCCCUGGGCCAGGCGUCCCGGCUGCAGCAGCUCAUCCAGGGCGGGGCGUCGGUCAACAUGGUGGCGGUGGACUCCAUCACGCCGCUGCACGAGGCCUGUGCUCGAGGACAGGCCCCGUGUGUGAAGCUGCUGCUGGACGCUGGAGCGCAGGUGGACGCCCGGAACGUGGACGGCUCCACCCCCCUGUGUGAGGCCAGCGCCGCCGGGAGCCUGGAGAGUGUGCAGUUCCUGCUGGAGCGCGGGGCCACGGCCAACCCGGCCCUCACCUCCCGCACCGCCUCCCCUCUCCACGAGGCCUGCAUGGGAGGGAACUCGGAGUGCGUGCAGCUGCUGAUCGGCGUGGGGGCGCGUCUGGAGGCGUACGACCUCUACUACGGGACGCCGCUGCACGUGGCCUGCAGCCACAAGCACACGGACUGUGUCCGGGCUCUGCUCACGGCAGGUGCUAAAGUGAACGCCGCCAGGCUGCACGAGACGCCGCUGCACCACGCCGCCAAGAGCAGCAGCACGGCCAUGAUCCAGCUGCUGGUGGAGGCGGGGGCCGACCUCUACGCCCGGGACAAGCACAACCGCACACCGCUGGACUGCAGCCGGCCCGGCUCCGCCUCCGCCGCCUGUCUGCAGGAGUACCAGGCGGCCCCCCUGAACCUGCAGCAGCUCAGCAGGUUGGCGGUGAGGAGGACGCUGGGAACCCGGGCCCCCCGGGCCAUCGGCCAGCUGGACACGCCCACACUCAUCCAGAGCUACCUGCGCUACCAGUGAGGCCGUCGCCACGACGACAAGGGGACCACAGGGGACACCAGGCGGCUCGGACCGGUUCCCAGGGCUGCUGGGAACCCGGCACCGGCGGGCCCCUGGGAACCCGGCACAAACGGGAACCCGGCCCCGGCGGGCCUCUGGGAACCCGACACCGGCGGGCCCCUGGGAACCCGGCCGCGGCGGGCCCCUUGGAACCCGGCACCGGCGGGCCCCCGGGAACCCGGCACCGGCGAGCCCCCGGGAACCCGGCCGCGGCGGGCCCCUGGGUACCCGGCCCCUGGGAACCGGGCCCCUGGGUACCCGGCCCCUGGGAACCGGGCCCCGGCGGGCCCCUGGGAACCCGGCCCCGGCGGGCCCCUGGGAACCCGGCACCGGCGGGCCCCUGGGAACCCGGCCCCGGCGGCCCCACCUGCUCUUCUGUUCCUGAGACUCAGCAGUCUCCUUUCUGUCAGACUGAGCCACAUCAGCUGUCACGCCACCCAGACACUUCUGAACAGAAACACUGUAAAUAAUAAAAGAAUCAUAGUAACAUUUAGAGCAAACACUUUCACUAAAGUCUCCUUUUAAUGAGACAAUUUGUACCACAGAUUGUAGUGAAUGAAUGUUCUGACCGGAGCCACAAAACAGGAUUGCAAUCAAUCAAUCAAGCAUCCAAUGUAUUUAAAUUCACAAGGUGAAUGUUGAUUCUGUGAAGUUUUCAGGAUGAUGGUUCUAAAUAAAGAAAGAACAAAUUAGAUUAUCUUGACAAAUAAAUCAUGAAUUCACUCAACCUCUCCAAUAACCAAAAACAUGAUUCUCAAUUUAAUAACAUUUAACGAAUCAGAUCAAUUCUGUCCAUUCUUCAUGGACUUCACAACCCUUGUACUGUCUUCGGGUCAAAAUGACCUAAUUCUACUGUUCCUUCUUUCCUCCUGCUCUCUCCUUCCUUCUCCCUUCUCCCUUCCUCUUUCCUUCCUUCCUUCCUUCCUUCCUUCCUUCCUUCCUUCCUUGAGUUUAAGAAAACUCAAAUAUCCUAUCUCAAAAAAUUAGAAUAUUCUGGGAAUCUUAAUCUUAAACUGUAAACCAUAAUUAGCAAUAUUAAAAUAAUAAAAGGCUUGCAAUAUUUCAGUUGAUUUGUAAUGAAUCCAGAAUGUAU